CCAAAAUCGCAGCAAAUCAGAACUUCGGGUACCAUACGGCGCACUUCUUCUUUGGACACAAUAACAGGACCUUACCUCACAGGGCAGUGGCCACGUGAUCCCCAUGUACACUACCCUUCAUGCAUGAAAGAUAAAUCUACACAGACACCUAGCUGCUGGGCAGAAGAGGGAGCAGAAAAGAGAUCACAUCAGCGGUCGGCAUCGUGGGGAAGUGCUGAUCAACUGAAAGAGCAGAUUGCCAAACUGAGGCAGCAGCUUCAGCGCAGCAAGCAAAGCAGCCGGCACAGCAAAGAGAAGGAGCGUCAGUCACCUCUGCAUGGCAACCAUAUAGCAAUCAGUCAGACUCAGGCUUCUAUUUCCAGAUCAGUCCCUAUGCCACUGUCAAACAUUUCAGUGCCAAAAUCAACUGUAUCACGUGUGCCGUGUAAUGUAGAGGGAAUAAGCCCAGAAUUGGAAAAAGUAUUCAUUAAGGAGAACAGUGGAAAAGAAGAAGUGUCCAAGCCGCUGGAUAUCCCUGAUGGUCGCAGGGCCCCGUUACCUGCCCACUACCGGAGCAGCAGCACGCGCAGCAUCGACACGCAGACCCCAUCUGUGCAGGAGCGCAGCAGCAGCUGCAGCAGUCACUCACCUUGUGUGUCUCCCUUUUGCCCUCCUGAAUCUCAGGAUGGGAGUCCUUGCUCAACAGAAGAUUUACUCUAUGACCGGGAUAAAGACAGUGGGAGUAGCUCACCGUUGCCCAAGUAUGCCUCAUCUCCCAAACCAAACAACAGCUACAUGUUCAAACGAGAGCCCCCAGAGGGAUGUGAGCGAGUGAAGGUCUUUGAGGAAAUGUCGUCUCGUCAGCCUGUCGCAGCCCCUCUCUUUUCAUGUCCUGACAAAAACAAGGUUAAUUUCAUCCCAACCGGAUCAGCUUUCUGUCCUGUAAAGCUCCUGGGCCCCCUGCUUCCUUCUUCGGACCUGACGUUGAAGAGCUCUCCAAACUCUGGCCAAAGCACAGCUUUGAGCACGCUGACUGUGGAGCAGCUGGCGACCCGGGUCUCCUUCUCGUCUCUGUCAGAUGACACCAGCACAAUGGACUCUACAGAGGUCUCGGUACAACCAUCGCAACAGCAGCAGUCGCUUCUGCAAGAAAUUCAGACUGAAGAGCAUUCCUCUCCUCAGAACUAUGUGUUAAUCUAGACCCAGGCGGAGCAGGUCUCUGCCCUGAAACGAGGAUUGAGGAGCCCGUAGUUCAGAUACAUCUGCAUGAGGUGGCAACCCUUCAGAACAAAGCAGAAUACUUAUCAGCAGUCUAAAAAAUAUCUCAACACUGUUCUUGGCAGGGACAGAAUUCAUAUUCAGCAUUUUCUUUUGUGAAAAAGCAGUGAUGCCUGCAGAAUCCAUAUAUCAUUAAGCGUUUUAAGUGGAGACUAUGCAUUUCAUAGUAUGUUUGACCAGAUUAGUACUGUGUCCUGUGUUCUGUUUCAAAUUCUACAGUAUAAAUAAGCUCUAUAUAUAUAUAAAAAAAGUUGCCUGUCUGAAUAGAAAAUGUCUUGCUGUGUUGUGUCCUAUGGAAAAUACUGUACUUCAGGAUUAUGUUUACAAUUGAUCCAGGUGUUUUAUGUUUCUAACUUCUGUAAUACACACAAUGCAAAAAAAAAAAAAAAAAUAAAAAAAAAAUGGCCACAACAGUUGCACAGUGCCCACCCUAUGGCCUAGCUUCAGGUACUUCUCUCGAAGUGUAAACUCAGGUAACUUGGAAUGUAUAUCAUAUUGGGAUAAAAAAUAUUUUACAGCUACAAAGCUAAAGAGGGAACAUCACUCUUUUGCCUUUCCUUAUUUUAUGCAUUAAUAUAUCCUCAUUACAUUCCACUUUCUUGGAAUAAGUGCAUUCAGAUCCAGGUGAAUGAUGACCCUGGACAUGGGUGAAUAUGAGGAGAACCAGCAAAUCUGUGAUGUAUAAUCACUUUGUCAUGUGCUUACAAGUAAAACAACUGUUGCAUUUACUGUCAUUUCAAUAUAUGUAAAAUGUGGCAUUUAAAGGUUUCAGGUGUUGCUCAGUUAAUGACUGUUAAACUGUUGCAAAUAAAGUGUUCAGUGCUAGGCUGUACAUGAGAAACAUUCCAUGUUGUGUGUGAAAGGAUUUUGAAAGACAAGAAUGUUUUUGUUCAGCUACAGAAAUUCUUUCAGGUUUCACAGGGGGUGAUGGGGAUUUCCUCUCCUGUUUUUGUUGG